AUGUCUAACACCACAUCAUAUGGCACCAUCGAAGACGCGCGACCAGCCGGAAAUGGUCCGUCCAAUGGCACAUUCUCGCGACUGAGAAGCCACUUCGCAGCCAAUGUGAGCAAUACGUGGGGCGAUAUAGCUCUCCUUCUGUGCUACAUCAUCACAGGUCUGCUCGACAGUAGCAGUGUGUAUACCUGGGGAUCAUUCGUGUCAAUGCAGACCGGAAACACGAUUUAUCUCGGAGCAGGAAUUGUCGCUCCGAAUGAAGACAAUCGUUGGUUUCGAGCGCUGGUCUCAAUUGCAGCUUUCUGCAUCGGAUCCGCCUUCUUCUCUCGCUUCCACAGAUAUUUUGGAGCGAAGAGACGAUGGGUAAUUGUUGCGUCCUACACGAUUCAACUUAUUUUCAUCAUUGCCGCUGCAGUGAUGGUCACGAUUGGACCUGACACUGGGCCCAAAGGUCCAAUCACUGUUUGGAGUGUUGCGCCGAUUGGACUCCUCGGGUUACAGUCAGCAGGUCAGGCGUACAUGAGUCGGGUACUGAAGUAUGGCGGAUUGACCAGCGUGGUCCUUACAUCGAUCUACUGCGACUUGUUCGCUGACGAGAAGUUCUUUGCUGCACCGACCGGGAACGCGGAGAGGAACAGGAGAGCGGCAGCCGCGAUUCUGUUGCUCAUCGGUGCCAUGUUCGGCGGACUUUUCGCACACAGCUCGAUCGGCCUGAUGGGUGCAAUUUGGACGGGUGCUGUGCUCAAACUAGGCAUUGUACUUGCCUGGUGCUUUUGGGCUGCUGAGAAUGUAGGAGGCGAUAGCUGA